AUGGAAACGCACGUCGCAGGAACAUUAGCGCAAUUUGGUAUAUCUCCGGUAGUUGCGAAAACGCUGAGCCCUGCUGCGUUGGAUUUUAUCGUAGCAACAAUUUCAACGCGUGAAAUAUCCGAAACUCUUGCUAAAAAUAAGAUCGAUGGCGACGUUGAGAAGGAAAUUCGAGCUCUCCUCCAGCGAAUUUCAAUGAGAACAUUUUUGCUCAACCUUCGCGCUAAUAUCUUUCGCGGAACUUAUAGGAACUGCAGAAUUCGCAUGGAUAUCAAGCUUCACACACGUGCCGCUCUAAACGUGAAUGACGCCUAUUUCGUAAUGGAGUUGAGUACACAAAAUGAGACGAAAAUAAUACGAAUUAGCCCAAAAAUGCUUGCCAAGCUGAUUGAGGACGUUUCGUGUGCUGCUCGCCUGAUGAGAAACCCUCAAAUCGCUGCCUAA